AUGGCAACCAAAUCAGUUCGCUCCAAGGGCUCUCUGGAGUUCCACACGGACGAUGUUCCGACAUACGAGUCCAAGGGGGAGGUGGACUUCAUUCCACGUACCACCCAGACCGAGUACCAGGGUAUCUUCUCUCCGCGCAAGAUGCAAGUCAUUGCCCUGGGAGGAAGUAUCGGUAGCGGUCUCUUCAUCACCACGGGCCGCGGUCUUGAGUCUGCAGGCCCGGCAGGUUUUGUUUUCGGUUAUGGCUUCGUGGCGAUCCUUGUCUACUGCGUUCUUCAGCUCCUCACUGAGAUGACCAUUGCGUUCCCUGUCUCUGGUAACCUCUUUGAGUACGCCGACAGAUUCGUCGACCCUUCAUUGGCUUUCGCCGCCGGCUUCGCAGAGUGGCUUGCUAACCUCCUUAUUGGCUGGACUGCUGUCAUCGGAGCCGAAGCUACCAUGUUCACGGUUUUGAUCAACUACUGGGCCGGUGGCUCUGUCCACGAGGCUGUCUGGCUUACCCUUUUCCUUGUUAUCACCUUUGGACUGUUCUUCCUGCCCAGCAAGGCUUUUGCUUGGUUUGAAUACUGCACGUCCCUCGUCAAGGUCACGGCUUUCCUCACCAUCUUCUUCUCGUCCAUUGCCAUCAUGGCCGGCGGUGGUCCCACCGGAAAGGUUCACACUGGCGAGACCUGGAGGGACUACGUUAAGUUCAAGAACGGCUUUGCUGGUAUUGCUCAAGCGAUGAUGUUGGCCUGCUGGGCAUACGGUGACCAAGUCUUCAUCGGUAUCAUGGGAGGAGAGGCCAUGUUCCCGCGUCUAUCGAUGGCCCGCGCCUGCAAGAUGGUCACUGGCCGCAUGUUCAUCAUCUACAUGUUGUCCAUCAUGUGGAUCUCGCUGCUCGUGCCCGAGAACGACCCCCGCCUGUACGGUGGCGGAGGAGCUGCCGCCUCGCCUUUCAUCAUCGCCAUGAAGGACGCCGGUAUCGAUGGCCUUCCCGACUUCCUCAACGGUGUCAUCAUGGUCGGCGUCACUGCCAUUGCCUGCGAGAGUGUCUACAUUGCGUCUAGAACCCUGCGCAGCUUGGCGGCCCAGGGCCUCGUAUUCAAGUUCAUGGCCACUGUCGAUGCCCACGGAAGGCCGAGGUGGAGUCUGUUCGUGACCAGCGUUGCGGCCGUCAUCCUCACCUAUCUCAACCUGAGCAGCGGCGGUGUUGAAGUCUUCACGUGGUUCACGUCCAUCACCUCGUCGUCCUUCUUCUCCAUCUGGAUCGUGCUGGUCAUCACGUCGUGGCGGUUCCGCGCCGCGCUCAAGGCGCAGAACGACCCCCUCUUCGACCAGGUCUACGCCUGGUCCGCCAGCUUCUACAACGUCACUCUCGGCGUGCUCGCCGCGGGCUGCGCGUUCCUGACCGCCGCCUGCAUCUACAUCGGUCUCUUCCCUCUGAACGGCGACGGCGUCUCCGUCUCCUCCUUCUUCCAAUACGUCCUUGGCCUCAUCCUCAUCAUCACCAGCACCAUCGGCUACAAGCUCAUCUACAGGACCGAGUUCCGCGACGUGCGCACCGUCGACCUCGUUUCCGGGCGUCGGCCCCUCACCGAGAGCGAUAUCGAGGAGCUCGCCGCUUACUACAAGCAGCCCAUAUGGCGCCGCUUCUCGAGCUAUUUCACGAUUUGGUAG